AUGGCCCGUUGCGUUGGCCUCGUGCUCCUUUGGCUCGUGCUCGUCGCGCUCGCUGUCGCAGACGAAGAGGAAGCAUGCGCCUCGUCGCUCAACAUUGUCGUCCACGCGCAGGCCCACUCGUCGACGGACGCGCUCGUCAUCGGCUCUGAAAUGACCUGCGCGGGCUUCCAGGCCGCCUUUGCGGCCGCCGGCCACCACGUACAGCUCAUGUACCCCGGCAGCUAUGGCGCGCUCCACGACCGCGUGUGGGAUAUCGUCUUUAUCGAGGGCUGGUUCCCCGCGAUCACGGCCUUUAUCCACGAGAUCCGACGGGCCACGCACGGUCACGCCAGGGUGUAUUUCUACUGCUUGGACCCGGACUUCCCCGGUCUCAACACGUUGCAGAUGCUGGACGUCGACGGCUUCUUUGCCAACAGCCACGAGGCGCUGCGGCAUCUGGCCCCGUUUGCGACCAUAUCCGAGUACUUGCUCUUGGCCGCGACCCCGCCGCCGCCAGCGCCGACAACCAACAAGUACGCGGCCAUUCCUCCCGUCGUCUACGUCGGCAACGCCGUUGGUAUCAUGACCAAGCAGCAUCUCGCGUCCAUGCUGCGAGAGGCGAUCCCGUUUGGCCUUCGCAUCUAUGGGUACGCCUGGGAGAUGCAUCCCGAGUUUGCGCCGUUCUGGGCCGGCGUCUUACCAGCCGCCGACUUGUGGGACGUCUAUUCUGCGGCCAGAGUGAUUCUCGGCGCGACCAUGGACGGCCAGCGCGCGUCGGGCAUGAUCAACAACCGGGUCUUUGAGGCGCUCGCCGUCGGGCGCAUCUUGAUCAGCGAUCACUCGUCGGCGCUCGAGGCCCUCUUUGGCGACCGUGUCCUGUACUACAAGGCGCCGGGCGACAUGACGCGCCACUUGGCGCAGCUCGUGACGACCGAGUACGCUCGUCCCCACACACCGGAGGACUUGGCGGCGCAUAUUCGCACGUACCACACGUACACCCCGCGCGCUGCGUUCGUUCUUGCGAUCCACCAUCAGCUCUCGCGACGCGACGUCGAUCGCAUCCACAAACCCAAGCUCUUUGUUGUGCUGGACGAGAGGUGGCUGGCGUCGCAUUUGUUGAGUGCGCUGUAUGUACACGACGUGGUGCUGCCGGCGCUCGCCAAGCUCGAGCGGCUUUUUCUCGUUCACAUGGGCAGCGAGCUUCCAACGACGACGACGACACGAGCAAUGCACACGCACGACCUCGUGCUGCUGCUCAGCGCCUACAACAGUACCUUGGAGCGAACCUUUCGACCGGUGGCGCUGCGCGGCGCCAAAGGGCUCUUCCUCCUCGCGCCACUGCGCGACGACGACGAUGGGUUUGAGACGGACGGUGCUUUCUAUGACAUUGUGUACUUUACGCAGCCCGAUCAAUUCGAUCGGGUGCGGCGCGCGCGCACCAACGUGCAGAACGCCUUCGGGUGGCCCGUCGUUGCUAGUACCACGGACGUGCCACCACCACCGGUGCCAUGCGACGUGCUGAUCGUUGGUGACUGGGACGACGACGAGCAGCGCCUUCUGCGUCUCUUCCAGGACCUCGACCACGGUCUGCGUGUCACGGUUGUCGUCCCCGAACGACAUGCCCGGGAUGCCCAUCAUGCCAUGAUGCAGCUGAAGUCCAUGGACAUGCGCGUGGUCUACGCGAGCCCUGGCAACGACUCGCUCCACAAUCUCUUAACGCGUUCGAAUUGCGACGCGAUCUUCAUUCCAGGUACCAAGGACGUCGGCGGCAACGAGUACUUGGUCGCGGCGGGCCUCGCGCGUGGGCAAACGGUCCGCAUCCAGCCGGACAACGACCGACUCCAACGGCUCUUUCAGCGCUUGACGAUCCAGGACCCGCCAAGAUGGGACGUGGCGCAUGUGGCCAAGAUGCUGGCCGUUGGGAAGACGCGGCCGCUGGUCCUGGGCCGCGGCAACGCCAGUGUCUCCAUGGUGGUCUCGGAAUCCUGCAUGCAUCACCCGGGCAGCGUCGACGUGUCCUUUGAGACCAACAACUUUGAGCCGCCGGCGGACGGCGUCGUGUGCCUGCUCGUCGACGGCGACGCCCUCGGCUGUGUCCUCCACGAUGGCAUGCGCUUCCACGUGCGCUUGCCCAUCGGCAGUGGGAACGUGACGCUGCAGAUGGCGCUGCGCAGUAUCGUCUUUGGCGAUGUGUUUGCGUGGUCGCCGCCGAUCGUGCUGGCGGCGUCGCAUGAGCGCGCGCCGCUCGCACCGCCGACAUCGACGCGCUACGUGGUCGACUUGGCCAGUAGUCCGUAA